AUGGGGAAGAAGAACAAGAGGAAUCAGGGUCCAGCUGUACCCCGUCAGCCUGAUAUAAGACCGGUGAUCCCACAUAGACCUAAGAUGGCGCCUGAGGCCUGCUGUACACCCGAGGCAUCUGAAGCCUACCUAGAGGAAGAGCAAUCACUACCCUUACCUCGAUUGGAUGCCAGAUCCUACACACCGGAGUACGAGGAAGACGAGGCUCCCGCCACACAGGGUGAUAUAAAGAGGCUCCUUGUAGAGCUAAGGCAGGUCUGGAGGAAAGACCUUAAGAAAGUCCAGAUGGAGGUGGAGGAGGUACGCCAGAAUGUCCAAGGCCUAGAAACACGAGAGGCCUCCAGAGAUGGAAAAAUCCGAGCUACUGACCAUAAACGGUCAACAAUGUACAGCUCCUGCCCCACAUUCACAACUUCAUAA